AUGUGGAAAGUUUUUCAAGUGCAAGUCACACCCUACUGUGCACCAGAGAGCAUACAGGACACAAACCUUAUAAAUAUAAUAAAUGUGGAAAGAUCUUCAAGUGGAUGUCACAACUUAGCACACAUAACAGAUUUCACACAGAAGCUGGUGACAUUUGAUGAUGUGGCUGUGGACUUCAGCUGGGAGGAGUGGCAGGUCCUGGACAUUGCUCAGAGGAAUCUGUACAGAGAUGUCAUGCUGGAAACCUUCAGCAACCUGGUGUCCUUGGUGCUCCGUGUUCCUAAACCUAAAUUGAUUGUCAGGCUUGAACAAGGUGCAGAGCCAUAUAGAGGAGAAGCCUCAAACAAGAAUUUCACAGAUGCCGACGAAAUGGAGAACAUGUUUAAAACUUGCCCGGAAAGUACAGAUGAAUGUCUGUGUGAAGUAGCAGACAUGAAUACUAAGACGGAGAAGGAGAAAGAAGCAACAAAUUUUAAUCUGAGCCCAAAACAUAAGCCAGAGAUGAAUAGGAAUAAUGGAAACUCCUUAGGAAUGAGGACUGAGGAGUUCAUUGAGUGUCACAACAUGCUUCUCUAUAGUGAGCCCAAGAAGAUGCAGGCUGCGUAUAAACCUGAUAUGUCUCCUGUAGUUGAAGAAUCUAGCCAAUGUAGAAAAUCUUUUAGACAGAAGUCAUACCUCACUAUGCAUCAGGGAACACACACAGAAAAUGUUAUGGAUAUAACAGAUGUGCAGAAUCUUUCAAGUGCAAAUUAAAACUUACUGAUCAUCAGAGAA